AUGGACAAACAAGCAACUGCUAAACCAUUUCCCGUUUUCACCUCGGACGCUGUUAAAGGGCCCGUGAAGAAGAGGGAUGGAACAUUACAAGCUGCAAAAUGGAAUGCUUCUCUAGCGUCUAAAAUCAAAAUGAAAUUGAUAAAUAAUUCAUCUAUGUUUAAAGCAUCUUUAAAACAAAAUAAUAAAGCAUUAGCUGUGGCUUUGAGUGUGGAGAAAGAAAAUUCUCGGAAGCUAAAGAAGGAGAAGAUUUUUCUUCAGAAGGAAGUAGAAAAGCUGCAGCUUCAUAAUAUCUCGCUUCGUCGAAAACUAAACUGUUUGAAUAAAACUCUUAUAGAAAUAGAAGCAUUUUUGAAUGAUAAACUCUUAACUGCAAUAGAAAUAAGCAGUCUUUCUGAGAAUCUUCAGAGUUCUCUUCCUCUGUCAGCUGGUCCAAAUAGCCUUACUGAUGGCUGGUUCAAGGGUACAUGUCAGUCUGCUAGAUCUGUAGAACUGCCAGUGAAGGUUCCUUUAAUUGCAACAGCUAAUGCAAAACAGCAAGACAGCCCUUCUGUGUGUGAAAUAGAAAAUGCUUAUAAGUGUACCACUAUUUUGUCAAAGGAAAUGCAUUCAGAUCAAGUCAAGUUUGCAUUAUCAUUGCCUUCUGGUACAAAUAAUCCAAACUUAAUUGAAAAAGACCUGGUGGACACAACCAUUGACAAAAAUAUGUUUUUAAAAGUGAAACAGAGUUUGCUAAAUACCAGCAAAUAUUAUCAAGCACAAAAUUGUCCAAGUAAAGCUGAAGAUACUAGGGGCAUAUACCAGGUUAACUUAAUGACUCCAAGAAAUCAGGAGACAAAUAAAGAAACUUCCUCAGAAACAUCUGAAGACAUGGAAAGCAAAAUACAAAAAGCAGGCUCAAACUCAUCUAUUAACAAGAUCCCACCAGAAGUUUCUUGUGCUGAAAAUUUACCAUUCCAAGACAACACUUCUAAUGUAUUGUCUUUACAGUUGGACUUUCUGCAUACAAAUGAGAAACACAGGAAACCAAAAAUACACAGGAAAGCUUUUCAAAACCCUUCUAAAAUGAACACAGCAAAAUACUGUAGAGAGGAAAAUGGGCAGUAUGGAGAACAUAUUUCAAAAAAGUCUCAGAAAUAUGCCGAUGACAGCAAGAGAAAACAAGACCAGAAGAAUAUUACAAAGAGAAAAUACAACAAAAAAAGUAGUUACAGACAAAGUGGAGAAACUGAAAGGGACAGCAUUCAUAAAAUUACUCAGAAAGUAGACCAAAAGAGUAGCCGGUUUUCGCCAGGCAGAUUAAAACGUACAUUGGCAAAGGCCAGCCGGAAAGCAUAUAUAAUACCAAAAGAAAAUCCUAUACAGUCCUCACUUUGUAAAAAUGAAGAAUUAAAAAAUAAGGAUGCGUUGGUCACAGAGGCUGUUUGUGGAACUAAAGUAACUGAAAGUCACCAAAAGCCAGUAGCUUUAGUUACUCAGAAUGGUGUGCCUAUGAAUACGGCACAAGCUAAAGAAGAAGUUGAUGAUGAUGCUAAUACGUUAAAGAAAGUAGAUUCCUCAUCAGUGGCACAUAAAAGCCCUCACAUUAGUAUUUCUCCUGAUAAUCAGGCAAAGCGCAAACAGAGGUUUAGUUCUGAUGUUACUGAGACCAGACCAGAAAAAAAUUAUUUCAUGCAUAUGGAUCAGGGCGGACAGAAUAUUUUGGAUGACCAGGAAGUCCCUCAUGAGAUAGAUUCCUUUAGAAGCAAGUUAAAGCCUACAGUUCAAAAAUUGGAAUUUUUAAAAUUCUUACCUGUCGAAUGUUCUAAGAAUAUGCCAUUAAAUGUAGAUAGCUUUUACCAGGAAGGUCUUUCCAAUGUAGAGCUCCCAGCUCUUGAUAACCACAAUGCUUCCGUGAACUUCUCUAUACUGGAAAACUCUGAAAUUUGUGGGGAAAACCACGAUAAUAAAGCACUGGAUGCUGAAAAAGCAGAACAAAAACCGGAUCAUAUUUCUAAAGAGACUUACAAAGAGACUCUGACACCUUGUCAUGGGAGAAAGGCUUUGCAAGAUGUGACAAAUGUUAGCAUGCGGUUUCACACUGCCUUACCUAAAUUCCCCCAAACUUUAGAAGAAAACUCGGCAGCGCUGUCUAGACGAGGAAGAGCCACUAUUUGCUACAAAGAACCCAAUCUACACAG